GAAGCACCAUAGUGGGCAACGAGGAGGACACUAGUACUUCUGAAGUAGAUGAGCAGGUUCAUCAUGACAGAAGUAAGACUAAGACGAUGAAAAAUUCUGCAGUACCAUUUGCACCUGGACAAGGAAAACAACAAUGCACUUCGUCGAUGAAAGCAUCAGCCGUCGUAAGUCCUCUUAAAGGAGAAGAAGAUGAAGAUGGAGGAGGUCUAAAUCUGAAUUUCAGUGGUUUGAAACUGAACACGAGCUUCAUCCCAGUGACACGUGUAACCGAACAAGGUUCAACAGGAGCAGUGGCGACCCAUGUAACCGAGCAGGGCUCUAGCCAACAUAACGAGUCUUCUGCGCUUUCGCCAGAAGGUGUACCUAGUACAAAAUCCUCCUCCAGACAGAUGUUUAGGAGUGCCGACAACACUCGCGCCGCUCGUUCGAAAAAGCAGAAGUACAAUUCGAUAGUCGAGAGGAUGACCACCAAGACACCGCAAAAAACACUUGCAGUUGCGAACCCCUCCGGUCACAGUGUGCAGGUCCUGGCACCUCUGAUGCCUGGACAGAAGAGAGCCUCAUCUUCAGCUAUAACUUCUCCGGUUUCGCCUUCAAUAUCAUCCUCAUCUGCAGCAAAUGCGGCGCAGCUCAAGGUCAACGCGCCGGGCGCCGCGAAGAAGAGAAAAACUGCGGCAUCAACAUCAGGCAUAGCAGAUGACCCAGAUGAAGGUUUUGAAAGUCCAAGUGCCUCUAAGGCCUCAAAGAAAAU